AGAGAACUUCCCUCUGUGAGAGCAUUGCAAAGCUUCAUUCCUGUCUUUUUCACUCGACCAGCAACAUCUCCCUGUAAAGAUGGCCCCUAAUAUGGUGAUCCAGAAUAUGCCCUUCAAAGUUGGACAGACCGUGGCUAUUGCGGGAACUAACACACCCAAUGCAGCCAAUUUCUCUGUGAAUAUUGGCCACAAUGAUGAGAACUAUGCCUUACACCUGAAUCCCCGUUUUGAUGCCUGUGGACAGAGGAACACGAUUGUCUGUAACUCUUUGGAAAAAGGCUGCUGGAAGGAGGAGGUUUUUCCUGGGGGCUUUGGUUUCUUCAAAGGAAAGAACUUCAAGAUCAUCAUUAAACUGACCUGUGGAGGAUUUUUGAUUACCUUACCGGAUGGCUUUCAAUUCACUUUCCCCAACCGCCUGCAUUCAGAUGAAUACUCCUACUUCUGCUUUGUUGGUGAUGUUAGCAUCAGGAGCGUUGAGAUUUACUGAGCUUCCAUAAUCAUAAAUCUGCACCCAGCAUUGCUGCUUUUACACAAAACAAAAAAUAAAAACCUGUGUUUUCCCUUUGAUCUUAUAACAAAAGUCGUUUGGUAAGUGCAUAUACCAGCGUCAAUGAAAGAUUUCAGUACAUAAACUUAUUAGAAACCCAAAAAUGUCAACAGAAGUGUUAGGAUUCAAUGACCUCUAUAUCUGUAACGUCAUUAGUAAACAAUAGAAUAUGUAAGCCACACAGAAUUUCCUUCAAUAAAUCUUUAAAAGUCUA